AUGGUCGAAUUAGUAGAAGUCGAGGACGAGUCCUUCGAGAAUAAGCAGGCCGGCCCCGAGUACGACGACGACGACUACUCUGAUACCGACUCUGAAAUCUCUACAGACGACGAAGACGAAGUUCCCGAAGAAGAAACUCUCGCCGAUAGACUCCUGGCCCUUCGCGACAUAAUCCCCCCUACUACCCGAACCUACAUCUCCAACACGGUCGAGACAACAACCAGUUGGGUCAAAUCAGGGCUCUUGCUGAGCGGCAAGACACUAUGGAUUGUGAGCACGAGUGCGCUGUUAUUAGGCGUGCCCUAUGCAUUGGCUUUUGCCGAGGAGCAGGGCGUGAUGGAUUACGAGAAUGAGCAGAAGGCGAGGGAACAGGGGGCUUCGGUUUUUAACGCUGACCCUGCAGCGACUGGGCAGUUGGGACAGUUGAACGCCCAACUUAAUGGCCAAGCGAAGCCGGCGUUGUAA